ACGACGUCACGCAUAACAAAUAUGGCGGCGCCCUCUGAGCUGCGGCUGUCAAGAGUGUUGGGAGAUAAGCGUUAAACGUUACAACAACGAUUACUAAAUUGAUAUUAUAAGAUACUUUAGUUUUAACAGGUGUUGGAGGAAUACAUUUGUUUAACGUCGUGAAAAAUGGGAUUAGAGCGGCUGCUUAGCGGGGCACUGCAGUGUUACUCCAAACAGUUUCGUCUCGUUAAUAUUCAGCAAAAAGUCUUUCAAAAUGCGUCGAUAUCCACACAGACUACAUCGAGCAAGGCCACCAUAGUUAACCGGGUUACAUGUGCAGCAGGUUUGUGGAGGAUUAUCGUCCCCACAAGCCUCCGCGGUGCCUCCGCUCACACACAGCCGGUUGUCCGCCUCUCUUCCUCCGCCCAGCCCUCAAGAGAUGUCACCCUGUUCCAGCACGACAGGACCCGCUUCUUCCGGCUCCUCUCGACCUUCUGCGGCGCCCAGUUACUUUUCUGGACGUACAUGGGCUACUUCGCUUUCACCGGGCUCAGAGACACAGGGGGUAAGGGGAAAGUCAAGCAGCCCAGCACCACGGGACUGGCCGGGAUGUGGAGCUUCGAGAUGAACCUGGGCUCCAAAACCUGGAGGUACGGCUUCACGGUGGGCUGCGUGGCAAUAGGAGCAUGGAUUGUCGGGCUCGGGGCGCUGUUCUGCAGGCGCUCCGUCAGCAAAGUGGUGUUGCACCAAGGGGGGAAGAUGGUGACCGUCUGCACACAGUCCCCUCUGGGACCAGGCCAAGGCCAAACAAUAACAGUCCCACUGUCCCAGGUAGCCUGCUAUGCUCACAGGCAGGAGUCCCCCUCAUUCAUCCCGCUCAGGGUCAAAGGACACAAGUUCUACUUCCUUCUGGACAAUGAGGGGACCAUAACCAAUGCUAGGCUGUUUGAUGUCACUGUUGGGGCCUACCGGUCAAUUUAAGCAAAGCAAAACUUUGUUGGACACCUAAUGCCACGUAUGUGAUUUAACAUAGCUGCCAAACAAAUGUCAGUUUCUGUUUGAUUGUCUUUUGUCAAUUAAAUCAUAUCUGAGAUCAAAUGUGUUAUUUGGAUAUUGAGGAUCAUUUAAAGAAGGAUGUUAAAUUUGAGAUAAUUUAAAGUUUUUUUCUAUUUGGAAUCAUUUACGAUGAGCGGUGUUGCGAUAUACUGGUAUUGAUAAAAAUGAAAUUGAUAUCAAAAUAAUGCAAAU